GAGUACUGCUGCCCUCAGCACUCAGUGUGACGCGCACGACAGUCAUGUAUAUUGAAAAUGAGACGCACACGCAGGAGCAAGGAGAAGGGGCUCGGCAGUAGUAACGGCCACCUGUCGAUCGGACAGUAGUCUAGAAGACUAGUCGGUAGACGAGUUAGUGUAGGGAACAAUGUAACAGUGAAAAUGGAAACGCACACUGAAUAAAACAGAGCACACAAGUAAAUUAAUAAAUAAACGAUCAAACAAAUUCCAAAUCAUUGCAACUCACUUAAAAAAAUCCAGCGAAAUAAUUGUUCUCAUAAAGGAUAAAAAAUAAAAACUGUCAAACUAAUAGAAAUAAAAAUACAAUCGUCGGGGCAGUGGAAAUUCACCCUCUCCAAACAUUCAAGGCGAAAUAGUUGCUAGUACAGAUCAAACAUGCCUCCGACGAGAUGAUUCGAGGAAUUUUGGUGAUUGUUCAUCGCCGUUGAUGCGGCCGGGAGUUAAUUUCAAAAGUUUAUCAUGGAUACGAGUUACUAUUCCGGGGUUAAGAGGAGUGGGAGUGGACGAUGGGUUUGCCCCAAUGAUAGGCAGCUGGCUUUGAGAGCAAAACUCAGAACAGGAUGGUCCGUAAAAAGUGCAUCCUUGGAUUCCCGCACAUACAGCGAGUACUCACGUUGCUCCCCAACCUCAUGCCCAAGCGGUUUAUCCUCAAGCUCUUCAAAUACAAGUUUGCCGUUGAGUGACGCAGAGAGGGAGCGCAUAAUUCAGGUGAUCCAACGAGCCGAAGCAUUGGACUUAUCGGAGCAAGAGCGUGUCGGUAAAUUGGUUGAACGCUUGGAAAAUAUGAAACGAAAUGUCACAGUCGUCACAUCAACGAGAGCAACAAAUAGAAGCUGUGGCAGCAGAUGUAUUCGCAAUAACCGCUGCAUGUGCUGUUGCGCUUUGUGUGGCGAAAAGUUUACAGUCCUGGGGGCUGGUCCAACAUUGUGCCGUGAUUGUAGAAAAUACGUCUGUCAGAAGUGCGGAGUUGAGACAUCUAGGGUAUCAAGAUCGUCAACAACAAACUUGCAAGCUAAUCAGAGAAGAGGAACAUCAGCGUCAAUCAAUAAUCUACUGUCUGCCGAGGCAUCGAGUAGUGCAAACAAACAGCUUGCACCACCGUCAAAAGUAUUCCUCUGUCGAAUAUGUACAGAAACAAGAGAAAUGUGGAAGAAAAGUGGCGCUUGGUUUUUCAAGAGUUUACCGAAAUAUGUUCUCCCCGAGAAGAAGAAGCCCCGAGGGAGUACUCGAAGCGCCGGAUGGACUCUAACUGGGGGAUCCAAGUCCCUGGAGCCUUCAGAGCACGACUCCUCCUCGGACGAAGAAAUCUCCAGAAAGCCCACUCGAACUCGUUCCUUCCUUUCCUACAGUCUCUCGACAGAUCCCGCUGAUUUGUCCUCCCCCCCAAAACCCGAACUAGAAGUUGAAGUGCAGAUCGAAGCUGAGCCAAAGCGCACCUCAGCGGAUGUGCACGAAGAACCGGAAACUCUUGGACAUCAUCAAACGCAUCACCCCCCGCAGUGUCAAUUGGUUGUGCCAAGCAACUCCUCAUCAUCAACCUCUCCAUCCUCCCCCAUUUCUUCUACCUCUCCUCUGCCACCUUCAAGGUCUUCGAGCCGUCUGAGAGAUCAGAGUACAAGUCAAACGUCAAUAUUUUACGUUCGGAAUCCAGUGGGCAGCUCCGAAUCAGUCAAUCACGAGUCCUCUAGUCAAUGUGAAUCAACAAAAUCAUCUCUCCGAGGAAGAAAGGGCUCCAGUCAAGGUAACUCAGUUGACAGGGCGCACAGCCGUGGUUCCCUCGAGUUUUCAGACGGUAGCUCCGUCAAACAUGGAUCCAGACGUCCAAGUAUCAACAGCAACGGGAGCAGCGAGACAGACGGGGUGCAGGUGUACAGACACGACCAAGAUCGAAGUCAACAGUGGGGAUAUCGACGAACGGAAAGCGUCACAGGAACGGUCGAGAAAACGGAAGAAGAGAAGAACUUAGGAACUCUCGAGAUAGCGCUGAGAUACGAGCCAGCAUCCCAGUGUCUUCAUUGCAAAGUGGAGAGGGCACGGGGUCUGCGGGCAAUGGACAUUCACGGUCUGGCGGAUCCAUUCUGCAAACUGAACAUACUACCGAUAAGUCCAAGUACCACUACAACAAGGAGAUUGAGAACCAAGACAGUGCACAAGACCCGAGAUCCCGAGUUCAACGAGCAGCUCAACUUCUACGGGAUCAUGGAGAACGAUUUGAAGAGCGGAAAAGCUUUGCACAUUCUGAUUCUUCAGGACGAUCCAGCUGGAAGGGACUUUCUAGGCGAGGCCAGAUUUCCGUUGCGAGAACUACAGCCCUCUCAAACGAAAUACUACAACGUAUUGCUGGAGGAUCAUUACCAGGUGGAUCAAGAGGAGAGAGUCUGGGGCGAGGACAUGACCAACGGACGCGGAGUGAUAAAUGUGAGUCUGAGCUACAGCACACGCCGACGAGCUCUCCUGGUGACAAUCAACCGCGCCCACGAUCUUCUACCAAUGGACAGCAACGGACUUUCUGACCCAUUCGUCAAAUUGUGCCUGACAAAGGACCCAAGGGGCGACGAUGUCAAACGUCCCCCGAUGAUACAAAACUCGAGGGAGAGCCUCGGGCGGAGACACUCCAAAAAGUCACCGAUUGUGCCAAAGUGCACCGGAGUUACUCACACGACGAGUGUCAAGUGGAAGACACUCAAUCCAGAGUGGAACGAGGAGUUCGUUUUCGAGACACGCCUGACAGACUUAACUGCAAAUGCCCUCGUUCUGACCGUGUGGGACAAAGACUUCGGAAAGAGUAAUGAUUACUUGGGUGGGCUCGUUCUAAGUUGCAACAGUAAAGGCGCGAGACUCCGCCACUGGAUCGAUGCAAUCAAGUUUCCAGAUCAUCGCCAUCACUGCAGUCACGAACUAGCUGAGGACAUUGGCUUUCACGAGUAACCCACGUCAUCCAAUAUUCAACAACUAAAGUCAAAUAAAAAAAAAACUAUUAUCGAAGACGUUUACCAAUCAAAACGUCUGACAAUAUAUCAUUGAAAAAACUAAUGAAACUUUAACUCUAAAAAGUAUCGCACAAUCACGUUUCCAAUUUGCCUCAUAUGAGUUAUUAAAUUUCAUCUCAAAGAAAGAAGAAUUUUAAGCAAGCUAUAUCUGUUGAAAUCGUUUCAAAUUUGUUGACUAUGUGAGUGGAUAAAAAAGGGAUGAGGAAUGUUGAGGUCGUAUUAAAGAAUUCAAAAUAUUACA